AUGGGCUUGGCUGGGGUGCUGCAGGUGCACAGCCCUGUGCAGAAGCCCUUGCAUGGGAAGGGAGUGGCUGGAAGAGCUGAGCUGCCUCAGGGGAUGCGCAGAGGGGACCCCAUCCUGCUGCCCAGGCAGGCCUGUGCUCCUGGGACACUGACUGACCCCUGUCUUCUCCCCUCUCUUCUCUUCCUCUCCAGGUUCCCAGGUCCAGGCAGCGCUGACUCAGCAGCCAUCCUGAGUGUCAGAAAAGUGAAGGAGACCAGAAACACCGUCAGGAUCACCUGCUCUGGGCUUAGCAGCAGCUAUGCUUAUGCUGGCUGGUUCCAGCAGAAGGUCCCUGGCAGUGGCCCUGUCACUUUGAUCUAUGCUAAUGACAAGAGACCCUCGGACAUCCCUUCGCGAUUCUCCGGAUCCCAGUCUGGCUCCACGGGCACGUUAACCAUCACUGGGGUCCAAGCCGAGGACGAGGCUGUCUAUUUCUGUGGUGGCUGGGACAGCAGCAGUGGCAGCUAUGGUGUAUGCCACAACAAAAUCACCUGCUCUGGGAGUAGCGGCAGCUAUGGCUGGUACCAGCAGAAGGUCCCUGGCAGUGGCCCUGUCACUGUGAUCUACCAGAAUGACAAGAGACCCUCGGACAUCCCUUCGCGAUUCUCCGGAUCCAAGUCCGGCUCCACGGGCACGUUAACCAUCACUGGGGUCCAAGCCGAGGAUGAGGCUGUCUAUUUCUGUGGUAGCUAUGACGGCAGCAGUGGUGGUUCCCUGGUCCAGGCAGCACUGAGUCAGCCAUCCUCACUGUCAGCCAAGGUGGGAGACACCAUCAGGAUCACCUGCUCCGGGGUUAGCAACAUCUUUGGCUUUGGCUGGUUCCAACAGAAGGUUCCUGGCAGUGGCCCUGUCACUGUGAUCUAUAACGACAACAAGAGACCCUCGGGCAUUCUAGAUCCACAUCCAGCUCCACAAACACCUUAA